CAGGCUGCACCGUCCCUCAUUCGGACAAGUGUCCCCGAUAGUAACAGUUUCUGUUUCUCGUUCGCACCUCGAGCCUCUCAUUCAAGCUACUCGCCAUGUCUCUCACCGGGCAUUACACUCACUCCAGCGAUGAAAAUUUGGAUGCAAUGCUCAAGGCAGCAGGCAUGAGCGACUGCAUGUGUUCGAAGAUGAGUUCCUCGAAGCCGUCAAUGGAGAUCAAGGAGACCGGUACAGGUGCGACCAUCAAGUACACCUGCGGCAGCAACACCUACACCAACAACAUCACCUACGGCGAAGACUCCUCUGUUGAUGUUGGGGGCAUGAAGUAUACGGUCAAUGCUUCGAAGACGCCGUAUGGCUAUGAGGGCACCAUGACCAUGGGAGACAAAACAGGUACAACUUCGGUGGAAAUUGACGGUGACACCUUGACCAAGACCAUGACUCUGGAAGGUGUCACUGCGAAGCGUAUUUUCACGAAGCAGUAACGCGUCUGUCCUGCUGCCUGCGCGUCACUUCUGCACCUGAACUUUUGCUCAUGCAACUCUCUCAACUUUGGACACCGGCGACUGUCAUCUCUUCAAUAGCACAAAAUGCUCGUCAAUGAUACUGUCAAAAUUAA